AUGCAGAGCGCACUGGAGGAGAUCCUGCGAUACAGAGCCGCCUUGGCCGUGCAAGCGGAACUCGAACGACUGUGCAAGGCACACCCGCCGGCCUCGCCUUCACUGGACGCCAGAGGACUCCUACCCAGCGCCAUCUUUGAAGGUCACCAGAGUCUCGCAACGACGCCAGCGCACCCCGCCGAUGCCCGGCACCGUGAGCGCGUUCAGCAGACGCGGGAGUGGGUGCAUCCCAUUCUCGACGUUCGCCGGCAGGCGGAUGUCGUGGAAGUAUCGCACGCAGCAACCACCGCCGCGAAGCGUCUACGCCUGGUGGCGAUGCAAUACGUGCAGGGCGACAUACUCGGUGUAGUGGAGCCUGCAGAGCUCGCAGCGGACGCUGGUGCAGAGACCUGUGUGCAGUCGUCACCCUGCUGCGUCUCCGUCAAGAAUCUCCGCCUCGCCACUCCCGAGCCCUUUUACCACGACGCGCUCCUGCCCGCACUGGAGGCGAUUGAACCCCACCACGCCUCGAAAAACCUGCUGGACCUCUGGCUCAACAAGCUGUGCGGCGCGGCCAACAAGAUGGACACCUCCUUCAAUCAGAAGCGCAGAGCAGCGUGGCAGAUGACCGACGAGGCGACCUACAUCUUCUACGCGGUGCGCAAGCAGCUGGCGGAGCGCAUCGGGACAGUGCGGAUGCACAACGGCGAAGACGGCGGAAAGCGACCGUGGAAGCUAAAGGUGUACCUGCAAAGCGGCGAUGUGCAUCUGCUGGCGGCGCUGCCGUCCGUUGCCGCGUCCACGGGCGGCAGCGGUGUGUCGGCGGAGACGGCCGUCGUCAUCGACCUGAUGGGAAGGGCCGUGGACUGCAGCGAGUGGGUAUCUCUGCGGGAGUGGCUCAAGCUAUCGACGCCGUCGCAUGGUGAGCCCCUUGCUUCGCACGAGCGGUCGGGCGUGGAGUGGACGGUGCUGAGCGACGCGGCGAUUCGCCUUCGCAUUCCCAUACGUCCCGCCGUCGUGCUGCGUCUGCAUACUCGCUACAUUGCUCGGCAGACAGCGGAGACGGCGGCAGCAGACAGCUUUCCGCAUGCUCUGGCGCGCCUGCUGUUGCGCUAUCACGGCCUCUGUGGUGGUAGAAUGGAAAAGGAAUCGGGCUGGCAAGCCGCCGUGCCACCCCAGGUAAUGGACGCGUUUGAGCACCACCACCAGGGGUCGCUCUCGCACCAGCGCCCGACCGUCGUGGUGGAGUGCUUUGCCAGCCCUUUCAACGCAACGCGGCCCUUCUUCUUUUCUGUUUUUCAUGACACAGAUGCUGCCUUUGGCUCUCUUGGGAACUUCUUCGCCUGCUGUGACGUGGCGGCGUGCGUCGCGGCAGUGGAUGCAGCCGUGGGGCCGUCGUGUGGAGUGGCCAGGGCUCGGGAAGAGCCCUCUGCGUCCUGCGCCAGCGGUGAUGGCGUUGCCACGGUGUCAUUGGCGUCGCAGCCGCACCGCCUGCUGCGACUGGAGUGCAACCCACCCUUCGUCCACGAGAUCAUUGCCGCAGCCUUUGCACAUCUGCUGCGAUGGCUGGAAAGCGCCUCGUCGACGACGGCCGUGUCGAUUCUCAUCAUCAUCCCGGACUCAGGACAGGCGCACGCCGCCAAGGUGCGCGCGGCAAUCGAGGAGUCGCGUUUCUGCCGCUGGGUGCGCUCGUUGCCACCGCCGGAAUGCCUAUACGUUCACGGUGCAAAUCACCAAGACCACUCCCGUUCAGGAGAAUCAUCUCUUUACCUGGAAGGCCGGAAGCGUCCCCGCGACACCAACAACACGGCCACAGCCCCUUCCUGGCUUGCCGUUCAUGCAGGCAGCCUCGUACGCCUGUCGUGCCCGACUCUGCUGAUGGUCAUUCAGGAUGACGAAGCCGAGCACGCGUGCACUGGUGCCACGAUUGGUGCAGAGGUGUGUGCUGCAUGGAGCCGACUAUCGCACGCAGUGUCCAGCGCGGGUCGAUGA